AUGGCAGUCUUCAAAGAUGAGCUGCCGACUGUCAACGGCCUCGAGCCGGUCCACCAGCCAAGCCCACCCCAAGCCGAGGUGCUCACCCCGCCAAAUCAGAGCGUCGAGGCGCUGAAGGACAUUACAUUUGGGUCAAUAGCAGGGAUACUGGGCAAGUUUGUGGAAUACCCCUUCGACACGAUCAAGGUCCGGCUACAGUCACAGCCAACAGAGUCUGGGGCCCCGCGGCUUCGAGGACCCCUCGAUGCCUUCUCCGCUGCGUUUCGGGCGCCUGAGGGCCCGUUUGUGUCCCUCUACCGAGGGAUCAGUGCGCCAUUGCUCGGAGCGGCGAUUGAGACAUCCUCGUUGUUCUUCAGUUACCGGAUUGCCCAGGACAUAAUCAUUGCCAACACCCCAUCCCUCCGCGCUCUCCGCGACCAGAACAACGGCAAGGUCAAGCUGGAUUUUCCUUACCUUGUCGGAUGCGGCGCUGCCUCCGGAGCGUUCACGUCGCUCCUCCUCACGCCGAUUGAGCUGGUCAAGUGUAAAAUGCAAGUCCCCGUCCCGCCGUCCGAUCUGGCCGCACAAUUGGGCUACAAUAUAACCCACCCACCUGGACCUCUAGCCCUGAUCCGGACAAUAUUUCGAACCCACGGCAUUCUCGGUUUCUGGCAUGGUCAGUUAGGGACUCUGAUCCGUGAAACUGGGGGCUCCGCUGCCUGGUUUGGCUCCUACGAGGGAGUGAAGAUGCUCUUUUCCAAAUACGAUCCGUCUGUGUCGCAGUUGUCGGACGUCAAGAUCUGGCAGCAGAUGUGCGCCGGCGCCGCUGCUGGCAUGUCAUACAACUUCAUUUUCUACCCUGCCGACACGAUCAAGUCUCGGAUGCAGACGAGCGUCGCCGAGAAAUCAGUCAUGAACAAGAUGACUUUUGCAUCUACCGGACGGGAGUUGUGGCGCGAGCAAGGACUCAAGGGGUUCUAUCGCGGCUGCGGCAUCACUGUUUUCCGAAGCGCCCCGAGCUCGGCAAUCAUCUUUAGCAUUUACGAGACUUUGAGGCGGUAUUUUGGGUAG